AUGGGUAAGCAUUAUUUACCGAUUGGAGGAAACAAACUCUGGAAAUAUAAUCUAAGUUUAAGACGCAAACGGCUAUUAACUGAAUAUACAGGUUUUUUAUAUCAAAUAGCAUUUUAUUAUUAUAUUGUCCAAAGACAGGCGGUAGUUCUUGAAGAAAUUAGAAGACAACGAGAUUACGACGGAGAUAACCUCCCAGAAGAAAUCCUCAAAGAUUUGGACGAGCCUUCAGCGAAAGGUCUCAAGUCGAACAUUAUUCGAUUCACAAAAGACACCCUCCAAUUUGAAGGUGGAAAAUGGACAAAGUCAGGAGCGAUCAACCAGAUUUUCGUCCCUGACCUCAAGAAAUACACCGUGGAUGCCCAUCAGAUUGUACAAGGCAAAUACAAAGAUGGCGACAAACUUCGAAUUGCAGGAAAAGCAGCAAGUGAAGUCUUCAACGACCUCAAGUAUAUUAAAUCACAACAAAGUAGUAACAAAGACGCAGCCGAUUUCGAUGAACUCAUCGAAAAAGUCAGGCGUUUGGCCGUCUAUGCGUUCGCAAGUGGAAAAACGCUGGACGAAGAUGCCAAAGAACUCAGCAUCCGAGCAAUCAAGCUCCCCACAAGAGCAAGAUAUCUCGAAGAUGAAGAUGACAACGACAAAGACAUGGCCUUCGAUCAGGAGUGGAUGGAGAAAAUCCAACAAGCAAGAUACGAAGAGUCUGUCCUCCAGAGUGCUGUCAGUAACAAGAGAGGAGGAUAUUCCACCGGAGGAUACUCCAAUGGAGGUCAUAGAGGCAGAGGAAGAGGCCGUGGAGGUAACUUCUUUAGUAGAGGACAGUCCACUUACACACAAAAACCUUUUUUUGGGAGAGGAAAAUCGAAUCCAACAGGUUUCAAUGCUCACCAGAGCCCAUCAACGAACAACAAUCCUCUCAACCAGCAAUAG